AAAAAAAAGUAGUAAAUAAAAGCUACAUUAUAAACACAAGUCGACCAAUUAUUUAAAUACAAACUAUCGCUGCCCUGGACUGGGCAAUUUUCAAAAGCACGUUGAAGCAUGUCGGUUUUCAUCACCCUGUUCUUGCAGUCCAUCAACAUAAGAAAACAUCACCUAGUCAGUUGUUUCCAGCAGAGUCGAGCUUACUGUCUCUACGGCUCUUCUAUUGCAGCUGUGUGUGGUGUGUUUAUGUUACUGUUUUGUUUGCUUUUUUACACCUGCAGUCAGAAGCAGCGAAGAGUUGCAGGGAGGAAGGAGAGAAGAAGACGGAAACGACAAGCUCUUGCUCAAGCCAGAGAAUGUGAAUUGAAAAAUGACGCUGAAGAAGAGGAAGAGGCGAAUGAAGGAGAUAGUGAGGGGGACAAGGCUGCUGAGGAUGAAAGACAGCGACAACAUGAAGAGUGGCUGGAAAGAGAGAGGCUGGCUCAGGAGGAAUUCAGGCUGAGGACAGAGAGGGAGGAAGCUGCAAGGAAAAGAAAAGAGGAGGAGGAGCGAAUGAUAAAGGAGGAAUGGGAGGCCCAGCAGAGGAGAGAACAAGAGGAAAAGGAGCAGAAGCAGCGGGAGAAGCGCGACAGAGAGGAGGCCGUUCAGAAAAGGUUGGAUGAAGCCGAGAAUCAGCUGGAAAAUGGAGGACCGUGGAUGAAUCCCGAGGCUCCUGCUACGACAAACUCGGAAAACUUCGGAACGGAGCGCGACGUUGCCAACUGCCCUUUCUUCCUGAAGACAGGAGCAUGCCGAUUUGGAGACAGGUGUUCUCGGAAGCACAUCUAUCCGACUUCCAGCCCGACCCUGCUGGUCCGCGGUAUGUUCAAGACGUUUGGAAUGGAGGAGUCGCGGCGGGACGAUUACGACAUGGAUGCCUGUUUGGAGCACAGCGAGGAGGAGCUGCUGGAGUCUUUCCUCGAGUUUUACCACGACGUUCUGCCGGAGUUCAAGAGCAUCGGCAAAGUGGUGCAGUUCAAGGUCUGCUGCAAUCAUGAACCACAUCUGAGAGGGAAUGUUUACGUUCAGUUUGACACAGAGGAGAUGUGCAAAGAGGCCAUUGUGAAGUUCAACGGGAGGUGGUAUGCAGGCCGGCAGCUUCAGUGUGAGAUCUGUCCUGUUACACGGUGGAAGAACGCCAUAUGUGGACUGUUUGACAGACAGAAGUGCCCUAAAGGCAAACACUGUAACUUUCUGCAUGUAUUUCGAAACCCGGGCAACGAAUUCUGGGAGGCCGACAGGGACCUCCAGGUGUCCCCCGAUCGCAGCAUCAGGGGGAGUCGCAGGGACGAGUGGCAUUCGGAGCGCUACAGGGAGCGACCGCGGAGGCAGCGCCGCAGCAGCCGGAGCCCGGCAAGAUCAGAGCGAUCCCACAGAUGGUGGGAGGACGACCGGGAGAGGAGCAGGAGCAGAGAGAGGAGGACGUCCCACCAGCGCAGAGAAGACAGGUGGUCUUCUAGGUCGCGACACAGUGACAGGAGGACGGACCGGCACCGGAGCAGGAGUAGGGACAGAUCAAGGAGCAGAAGCAGAGAGAAAGAGCAGCGUAGAGAUAAAGAAGGGGAGAAUAAAUACAGAGACAGAGGUGAUGAUGGGGACCCUCGAAGAGAAACAAGGGAGAGAUCAAGAAGCACAAGUAGAGAAAAAAAGAGACACAAAGAAAGAAGCCCAAAGAUAUCAGAGAAAAGUCCUUCUGAUGGUACAAAACCCUACCGCCAUCACAAGCGCUCCAAGAAAAGCAAGAAGAGCAAAAAGAAACACAAAAAGAAAAGGCUCUCAUCUGAAAAGACACAUUCCUCCACGGAGUCAGGAAGUGAGAAAGACUCAGAGGAAGAAACUUGUGGUAAUACUUCAACACAAAGUCCGAGUGGAGGCCUUAAAGAAGAAGAGGGAACUGAGGAAAAAUGUGCUGGUCAGAAUGAUUUGGAUUCAGAGGUGAAAACCGAGCCCUCUGCUGAAAUUAAGACUGAACCGACAACAAAUGGGGACAUUUCUUAAUUUCUUCGUCUUUAAAAUCAGUCAUCCACUGCUAGCCUCAUCAGAAUAAGUAGUGUAAACAUUUCAUGGAUGCUUUAUGGAUUUUUAGUAAUAUCUUUCUGGUGAAAGCUUUUUACGGACUCUGUGUUCAGAUUAUGUUAUGAAAUGGUCAAAUACAUUUCAUAACAUAAUUCAAGACAGCUUUUUAGCGCAGCUUAGCUCAUAGACAUGUGAAUAACUUGGAUACGUUUUAAAAUAAAUGCUUGGUAUUGGGAUUUGAA